AUGUUCUCUAGUCAUAACACCUUCAACCCAAACACGGACAUGCCAUCCCUGCGUGGCAAAACCGUCCUCGUCACCGGCGGCAACAAUGGUCUCGGCCUGCAAUCCGUCCGCCACUUCGCCGCGGCCGGCGCCAAGGUCUACAUGUGUUCCCGCUCCGUCUCCAAAGCGGAACAGGCAAUCCAGUCCUUGUCGAAGCCAUCAUCGGCGGCAGACCCUGACACAGAACCACCCUCCUCCCCCUCCUUUUCCAACAUACACAUCCUGCAGCUGGACCUGAGCUCCCUGGAGGCCAUCAAGACGGCCGCCCGCCAGUUCCUGUCGGAGAACGACCGCCUCGACAUCCUCAUGCUCAACGCGGGCAUCAUGGCCCAGCCCCCGUGCCUCACGGCUGACGGCUACGAGGCGCAGUUCGGGACAAACUACCUGGGGCAUGCGGCGCUGGCGAGGCUCCUGCUGCCGGUGCUGACCCGGACCGCAGAGCAGCAGCCCGGCAGCGACGUCCGGGUGGUCACGCUCACCUCGGUGGCCCAGCAGUGGCUCGCGCCCGCGGCGGGCAUGCUGCUCGACCGCGUCGGCUCCGACAUGGACGACCUGGGCCCCUGGGGCCGCUACGGGCACAGCAAGCUCGCCAACGUGUACUUCGCCAAGGGCCUGGCGGCGCGGUCGCCGGGCCGCAUCCUGAGCGUCGCUGUGCACCCCGGCGGGGUCAGGGGCACUAAGCUGCACGACGCGGCGAUGAACACGACGGGCAACUGGGUGCAGAGGACGCUGAUGGCGGUCGGGGAGAGGUUCAUGGCGCCGGUCGAGGAGGGGGUCAGGGGGCAGCUGUGGGCUAGUGUCGCGGAUCGUGGCGAGGUGGGGACGGGGAGGGUGUAUUAUCCUGUCGGGAGAGAACACAAGGGGAGGGAGCUGAUGAAUGACAAGGAGCAGAUCGAUAGGCUGUGGGAGUGGACAGAGAAGGAGUUGGUGCGAAGAGGAUUUUGA